AUGCAGAUUAGGUUUUCUUCUUCUUUUUUUUGUUUUCAUUUUUGUUUCCAACCAAGUUCUGUGAAUACAUCAUCCAGCAAAGGUUUUUUUUAUUCCUCCAUUUGUGUAAACCAUCCUACUUUGUGCGAAAUUAUCUACUACCUUUUUUCUUAUUUUACGUUCUAUGAUCUGGCGGGUUCCAAUGUGAACACUAUUAUCGGCCCUGCUAUUGCUGGAAAGGACACGACUGAUCAAACUGGUAUAGACAAUUACAUGGUGCAAGAACUAGAUGGAACCAAAAAAGAGUGGGGUUGGUGGAAGCAAAAGCUUGGCGCAAAUGCCAUUCUGGCGGUGUCUCUUACAGUCUGCAAAGCGGGAGCGAGUGUCAAAAACAUUCCUCUUUACAAGCAUAUUGCAAACUUAGCGGGAAACAAGAAGUUAGUAUUACCAGUACCAGCAUUCAACGUUAUUAAUGGCAGAUCACAUGCUGGAAACAAGCUGCUAUGCAGGUAUAAGUCUUUAUUACAUGAAUUCAUGAUUCUUCCUACUGGUGCUUCGACUUUUAUGGAAGCUAUGAAGAUGGGCGUUGAAGUAUAUCAUAAUUUAAAGUCUCUUAUUAAGAAGAAAUAUGGUCAGGAUGCAACCAACGUUGGCCAUGAAGGUGGUUUCGCCCCUAAUAUUCAGGAAAACAAAGAGGGCCUCGAGUUGCUCAAGUCAGCCAUUGCUCAAGCUGGUUACACAGGAAAGGUGAUUACGUUAAAACCACUCAUUUGCAUUAGUUUCCUUGGAUGAAUGAUAUUUUUUAAAUUCUUACGGCUAUUUUUUGUACUUUGGGGGUUAACAUACCAAAAUAAAUUUAAGA